ACCCGAUGACGUGAUACGAUGACGUCACUACACCAGGAAGCCGACAUGAGGGCAGCUUGAAGCCGAACAAACCCAACUGACGUCGACUUGACAGAAGAAGCAAAACAAUGACAGACACAAUAAGUAGUUUAAAAGUGGUUUCGAUUAUAAAGUCAGCGCAUUCGUGAUUGAACCAAAGAAGGCGGACAUCAAGGAGUGCUGUCAGGAUGGCGGGAGUGUUCGACAUCGACUUGGAUACUGAAGAUGUCUCUGACGCAGAGGAUGAGAUUUGUGACGGCGCCGUGACAGAGCCUGAGAAUGUACAGAAAGAGGAAGUGGUCCUGACCAGUGAAAGUGUGAACAGAGACAGUGAGAGAGUUGGACCUGACUGCUUUGAGCUUCUCACUGUGCUUGGAAAAGGUGCAUAUGGCAAGGUUUUUCAGGUGAAAAAAGUUCAAGGUGCCCUGUCAGGAAAAAUAUUUGCCAUGAAAGUUCUGAGAAAGGCCAAAAUAGUGUGUAACGCUAAAGACACUGCCCAUACACGCGCAGAAAGGGAAAUCCUAGAGACAGUGAGACAUCCUUUCAUUGUGGAUCUCCUCUACGCCUUCCAGACCGGUGGGAAACUGUACCUCAUCUUGGAGUACUUAAGUGGAGGGGAACUUUUCAUGCAGUUGGAGAAGGAAGGCAUCUUCUUGGAGGACACGGCUUGUUUCUAUCUAGGAGAGAUCAUAUUGGCUCUUGGUCAUCUCCACUCCUCUGGAAUUAUUUACAGAGACCUCAAACCUGAGAACAUCAUGCUUAAUCACCAAGGGCACAUCAAGCUAACUGACUUUGGUCUCUGCAAGGAGUCAAUUCAUGAUGGAAGUAUCACGCACACGUUCUGUGGCACAAUAGAGUACAUGGCCCCUGAGAUCCUGACGCGGUCAGGCCACAACAGAGCAGUAGACUGGUGGAGCCUUGGGUGCUUGAUGUAUGACAUGAUGACUGGAUCGCCUCCAUUUACAGGAGAAAACCGAAAAAAGACCAUUGAUAAGAUCUUGAAAUGUAAGCUCAUUCUUCCUCCGUACCUGACCAUUGAUGCCAAGGACCUCCUCAAGAAGUUGUUGAAGAAGAAUCCACACCAAAGACUAGGCUCCAGCAAAACAGACUGCACUGAUAUCCAAAGACAUUCAUUCUUCAAACAAAUCAAGUGGGAUGAUCUUCUAAACAAGAGAGUUGAGCCACCAUACAAACCGCAGCUGCAGUCAGAUGAAGAUGUGAGCCAGUUUGACACCAGGUUUACGAAGCAGACACCAGUGGACAGUCCAGACGAUACCUCAAUCAACCAGAGUGCAGAGCUUACUUUUGCCGGUUUCACCUAUGUGGCUCCUUCAGUCCUAAACAGUUUAAAAGAAGGUUUCUCCUUUGAGCCACGAAUGAGGCCCGUUCGCCGACACAACAGUGGCCCACGCACACCUAUCAGUCCUGUGACAUUUUCCCCCACUGGGCCCUUCAAGUCAAAUAUUGAUGGCGAGCCAGGACUAUUUUCUCCCUCAUCUGCCUCAAAAGAUCCAUCUCCUGUGCCGCUGGAGAAUGGCUCUGCCAGUCAGCCGAUCAGUACACCUUCCAGGAACAAGAAGGAAAAGGGGCACCACAGAUGAUGAGGAGGGACUUUUUCAGAUCUAAGCAGGUGAACCCAUUCAGUAAUCCAAAAAGAGUGUUUGUGGGUUUGGGCUUUGCUAUAAUUCAGUCAUGCACGGGCAUGUGGGGCUCGCUUUUUCUUCUCUCAGACCUUAAAACAGAUCUGCAUUUGACAUGCGCCAGUUUACGCAACAGGUUUAAAGAUGACAAAUCAUUGAUAAAGGCGCUAUCCAUUAUUAUUACUAUUAUUAUUAUUAUUAUUAUUGAUAGAAAAUAAAUUCUUUAGUUGCAUUUAAGCUUUCUUAAAAAUAGGCACUUAAUAGAUAACAGUUUGAAUUGUUAUAUUUUUAAAUGUGUGACAUAACUAAUUUGGAUUUAUUUAGUGGAUCGAGACAGACAGUCGACAAAAUGAUGGCACAUGUGACAGUUUCCACGCAAAGUGAGAAAAUCAAAAAAUUAUUGUAUACAUGUUAGUUAUUACCCGCUGCAUAUGAUGAUGAUUGGGAAAGAACUGCAUCUUAUGUAAACACAGGAUUUAAGGAAUAUUGAUCUGAUAUGAUUGAUCUGUAAUCUCUAAUGCAAUAUUGCAUUAUGUCGUUUAAGUAUUAUCUUACUCUAUGAAUAACAUUUUUGUUUGGUUUUUACAAACCAUACAAAUAAAGAAUAACUAUGCACAACAACAAGUUGUGUAACCAGCAACAUGUUCUAAAAAAAAUGCAAUGCAUGGACAGUGUUUUCUUUCUUUUGCUCAUAAAUGCAUACAUAUUUGCUGCAGUGUUGUAAAAUAUGUAUCUGGAUAUGAAGUUAAUUCUAUUCAUUUCUUUUUUUAAUGUACAUUCAGUUUUGAGAAUUAUAUAUAGAGUGCUUAAGGGGUGACUCAAGUAAUUAAAAAUAUUUAGUGGACAAGAUGUUUUGGGAUUAUUGCUGAUUUCUCUUGCCUUACUAUUGUCAUAUCUGAAUAAAAAAAAUGUUGCUCGGUGUGAAA